AUGGAAUCGCAAACAGCUUAUGCAAAUGGCAUUCCAGGUAAAGAUCCUUCUAUCAAGUAUGAACGUAGAGUACCGUCUGAAGAGGAGAAGACUACGUCUCCUCUUCUUCAGAAAACAAAUGAUAUCAAGUAUAUAGAUGGAGUGAAUGAUGAAAAAAAUGAAUUACGAGAUGUGAAUAAACCUAAAGACGAUUUGGACACUGUGAAUUCUAUGAAAACGGCUCCGAACAAUACAAAUCACAAUCGUCUUUCUGUAGGCUAUCAUAAAGAUAACAAAAGUGAAGAAGACGCAGUCUCGACUAAUGAAGGAGUUAAAUUUUUUGGCCUUGGAGACAAUGACAGUAUUUGUUCUAGUAAACCGGCGCAAGAACCACCACAGAUACCUGACGGUGGAUGGGGGUGGGUUGUCGUUGCCGCUUCUUUCCUCAUUGCUACCGUAGCUGACGGCCUCGCUUUCUCUUACGGUUUGAUGCAUGACAAAUUCGUCAUCUAUUUUGAAACUAGUGAAGCUAAAACCUCAUUGAUCGGCAGUUUAUUUAUCUCCGUACCUUUGAUAGCUGGACCAAUUAUGAGUGCGUUAGUGGACCGUUACGGAUGUAGAAGUAUGACGAUAGUUGGUGGUAUAGCCUCGACUAUUGGAUUUGUGGCAGCUUCGUAUAGUAAUUCCGUUGAAGUUUUGUAUGUCACCUACGGAAUGAUGGCAGGCUUAGGUACAGGUCUGCUAUACGUAACUGCCGUUGUAUCUAUCGCUUACUGGUUCGAGAAACGUCGUAAUUUGGCCGUUGGAUUAGGAUCAUGCGGAGUUGGCUUUGGUACUUUCAUAUACUCUCCUCUGACUACAUACUUACUUGAAGAAUUCGGAUGGAGAGGUACUUUAUUAUUAUUAGCUGGUACUGUACUUAAUGUUUGCGUAUGUGGUGCUGUAAUGAGAGAUCCAGAGUGGUUGAUCUUGGAGCAGAAGAAACAACGAAAGUUGAAUAAGUCAAAAAGAGCGUCUAGUUCAAUGUCAAUAUCUGCGAAAUCCGGAGGUGGAGAAUCGGUUUAUCCAGGAGCUGAAGAACUGAAGACAUUGUUAAAAAGCGGAGAAACACCUGAAUAUAUACUUACAACUUUAGUAGCUUCUAUUGCUCAAGCGGAGGACUUGGAGGCAGCGACUAAAAUGAAUGCUGACAUGUCGCAUCAGAAAGUUAGUUCUGUAUUAAAUCUGCCAACGUUUUUAAAACAAAGUGAAAAGGUGCCUGCAGAAGUAUUAGAUCAACUUAUAACAAACAAGCGUUUCUAUAAUAUCAUUUUACAUAAUUAUCCGUCGCUAUUAGCCUUGAGAAGUAGUUCAGAGCAGAAGCUGAACGUAGAUCCGGCGCCGGAGGUUUCAAAAUCGAAGCAGGUUAUGAUGUCAAUGAAGUAUAAGCUUAGUAAGAAGGAAAGAGAACGAAAGAAAGAAUUUGAGAAUAAACUUGAUAUAGUGAGGGAGAAGUUGCUGCAACCCAUACCGGAGAAUAAGCCUGCAGUGAUCCAGCCUCGUCAAGACUGGUGGUCUAGACAGUUCCAAACAGACCGUCACUAUCUACGAGACAUUCGAGUGCAUCGUAACUCUAUUAUGCAUCGUGGAGCUAUGAUGAAUAUUGCUAAGUACAAGCUCCGAGCUUCUUCGUGUCCAGACAUCUACAGAAAUUCUAUGUGGUCCGUUGAGGAAGAAAAGACCUGGGGCCAGCGUCUUCUUGAUACAAUAAACAAAACUUUUGAUUUCAACAUGUUCACCGAGUUCCACUUCUUAAUGAUGAACUUGUCAACUUUGGUGCUGUUUAUUUGGUUCAUUGUCCCCUAUUUCUACAUAUCUAAUUUCAUGACGAUGAAUGGUUACUCUGAAAUCCAUGGAACUUGGAUGUUGAGCGUAUUCGGCAUAGCCACCAUUGUUGGCAUUGUUGGACUCGGUUGGAUGGGAGAUCUUCCUUGGGUGAACGUGACAAAAACAUAUGCCUUAUGUCUGAUCCUUUGUGGUGUAACUAUCAUCUUGUUUCCUGUAUUAAUACGUGUAAUGGACCCUGCAGCGCCUUACAGCUUCUACAUCAUUGCCCUCAACGCUGUGAUGUUUGGACUCAUGUUUUCUAGUUCAUACUCAUAUACACCCAGCAUUUUGGUCGAACUGAUCGCUUUGGAGAGAUUCACAAUGGCGUAUGGAUUAGUUCUGUUGAGCCAGGGCUUGGGACACCUUAUUGGGCCACCUAUGGCUGGUGCUCUGAAAGACUCCACAGGUGAGUGGGAUGCGGCGUUCUAUGUGGCUGGAGUAUGGGUCAUAAUAUCUGGACUUUUAGUCGGCGUUAUACCGUUUACGGAAAAUUUCCGCAUUUGCGGUAACGCACCAUUGGCAAAAGAUGUUGCAGGUGAACCUGAUCCCGGUGUGAAAAUCAUUAUUGCCCACUAA